AUGAUCCUUGCAGAAAGCAAAACCCUUGAGGGCAGAAUAUCUGCUCUUCUUCAAGACUGGGAGAUUCACAAGCCCAUACAGGGCGCGUCUGUUGCUUUUUUCGCGUCCUUUUCGACUGAAUAUUGCCUCCAAUGGUCAGGCAACCUGGCAAUGGACCACGUGGUGGGCGUUUUGUCUGCGUUCGAUCUCAAAUUUAAUAAGCUUGAAGAGGAGUACAGGCAUCUUAACCAAGCCAAAGAGGCUCUUGCCCUCGCAGUCACGGCGGAUCCCCGACUUGGGAACGCCAUGAAUGAACUCGAUGGGUUGAAGUCUACGUGGACCGAGUUAAGCAGAGUGUGGCAGGCUCUCUUUGAGUUGCGAGACCAGCCGUGGGCCGCAGUGCUUCCUCGCAAAACCCAACAGACGCUCCAUGCCCUUAUUGAUAGCCUGAAAACUCUUCCCAACCGUCUUAGGCAGUACGCCUCUUACGAACACCUCCUUGCUACCCUCAAAGGCUUGGCAGCAAGCACGCCGUUGCUUGCAGGGUUGAAAAGCGAAGCGUUUAAGGAGCGGCACUGGAAGCUUCUUCAAAAGCAACUCCAUCGUGAGUGGCCCUUGUCUACCAUGACUUUGGGGACAGCGUGGGACAUCGACCUACAGAAACACAAGAAGGCGUUAGAGGAUCUCUUCUCCCAAGCACAGGGUGAAAUGGGUUUGGAGCAAUUCCUCAGGCAUAUGCAGGACGAGUGGCAGGACUGCCGGCUCGAGUUGGUUGUCUACCAGAACAAGUGCCGCCUCGUGAAAGGAUGCGACAAUCUCUUUACCAAACUAAAGGAGCACCUUAACAGCCUGCACGGCAUGCGGCACUCGCCAUUCUAUCGGACAUUUGCGGAGGAAGGAGAAAUAUGGGAAGAAAAGUUGACUGCAUUGAGUAAUCUUUUGGACGUCUGGGUCGACCUGCAAAGGAGAUGGGUCUAUCUGGACGGCCUGUUCGGCAGCACUUCAGACGACCUGCGAAGCCUUCUGCCCGCGGAGACGUCUCGCUUUGCAGCUGUUAGCACCGAUUUUUUGAACAUAAUGAAGAAAAUAAGUAAAUCUGCUCUUGUGCUUGAAGUUUUAGGUCUGCCUAACAUCCAGAAAACAUUGGAGCGUUUAGGCGACCUUUUGACCAAAGUUCAGAAGUCUCUGGGAGGUUAUUUGGAACGGCAGCGCACCGCUUUUGCGCGCUUCUAUUUCAUUGGAGAUGAAGAUUUGCUAGAAAUCAUCGGGAGUGGAAGGGAUAUUUCAAGGAUUCAGAAACACUUGAAGAAAAUGUUUGCAGGAGUUAACCGCGUGUUGCUUAGCGAUGAUAACAACAUUGCGGGGGUCGCCUCUAAAGAAGAUGAAGAAAUUAUGUUUAUCAACGUCCUUCCAUUGGAGACGGAUAAGAGCCUGAGCCAAUGGCUAUCCAAAGUUGAGCAGGAGACCGCCGUGUCGCUGGCGAACUACUUGGAGGCGUCCUUUUGUCAGCUACGAGAUCUUCUAUUAAGCGAAUUGGUCGGACGUUGUUUUUUUGCUUGGAUCGAAAAGUUCCCAGCGCAAAUCUUACUUCUCUCACUUCAAAUCACGUGGACUCUCAACGUAGAAAAGGGGAUCACUACGGCCACUUUGUCUACAGUUUGCAAGGGAUUGGAGUAUCUCUUAUCACUUCUGGCGGACUCCGUCCUUAAUGAGCAGCCUUUUCUGCGCAGGAGAAAGACAGAGCUCCUCAUCACCGAACUUGUCCACCAGCGUGAUGUAGUCCGCGAGCUGAUCGCGCGAGAGACGUGCGAUAUCGAUAAUUUCGAUUGGCUGCGGUACAUGCGCUUCUACUACAACUCUGAAAAGUCGAGCAUCUAUGAAAGAGUCAGCAUACACGUGGCGGAAGCUUUUUUCUUUUAUGGCUUUGAGUACUUGGGUGUGCCCGAACCUCUCGUCCAGACGCCACUCACCGACUCCCAUUAUCUGACCAUGACGCAAGCCCUGAAGAAGCGCCUAGGAGGGAGCCCCUUUGGCCCCGCUGGCACAGGAAAGACUGAAUCGGUAAAGGCACUUGGUCGGGCUUUGGGGCGUUUCGUUAUAGUCUUCAACUGUAAUGAGAGUUUCGAUUUCAAGGCGAUGGGGAGAAUAUUUGUUGGCCUCUGUCAGGUUGGCGCCUGGGGUUGCUUCGACGAGUUCAACAGGCUCGAGGAAAGAAUUCUUUCGGCGGUAUCCCAGCAGAUCCAAACGAUUCAGACGGUCCUCAGCGCCACCGCCGCUUCUGGGGCCACCCAGAUGGGCUGCCUGGGCAGCGCAGUGACGGUCAACCCCGACGUGGCCAUAUUUAUUACAAUGAAUCCUACGUAUGCCGGCCGCUCCAAUCUUCCCGGGAAUUUGAAGCAGCUUUUCCGCCCAUUCGCUAUGACUGCUCCCGAUGCUCAGCUGAUCGUACAGGUGAUGCUGUACUCGCAAGGCUUUCAGACCGCCGAGCAUCUUUCUAAGAAAAUUGUGUCGCUCUACCGUCUUUGUGAAGAGCAGCUUUCCCGGCAGUCUCAUUACGACUUUGGACUCCGCGCGUUAAAGGCGGUUCUGCUGAGCGCUGGUAGUUCGCGCCGUACUCACUGUGCUGGAGCUACUCGAGGAAGCCAGCAAGACUUUGAGCAGGAAAUACUGGUCACUUGUGUCUGCGAAACGCUGAAGCCGAAACUGGUGGACGAGGAUAUCCCACUUUUUGAAAGUUUAGUGCGGGAUGUAUUUCCUGAUGUUGUCACUCCAGUCACUGGUUACGAAAAACUUAAAGGCUGCAUAUUAGAGGCGCGUUGGAACUUUUGUUCAAGUUUUUUAAAGACUUAUUUUUUUCCAAAGCUCUGCCAGCUUAGCUGCUACGUGGCCGCCGAAAAUUGGAUUGAGAAGAUUUAUCAAAUUUAUUUGCUUCAAAAAACUCAUCACGGAGUAAUGCUGGUUGGCCUUCCAGGAAGCGGGAAGACGUCCGCAUGGAGGACACUUUUGCAGGCCGUUUCCAUUACAUCCGGCGUGGAGCACGUGUCGUACGUCAUUGACCCAAAAGUCCUUUCGAAAGACGAGCUGUACGGGGCGCUAGACUAUAACACGCGGGAGUGGACGGACGGCCUUUUCACACACAUUCUUCGCAAAAUUGUUGACAACGUGAGAAAUGAGAAUAAAAAGUUUCACUGGAUUGUAUUCGACGGCGAUGUCGACCCUGAAUGGGCGGAAAACUUGAACAGCGUCUUGGACGAUAAUAAACUACUCACUUUGCCCAAUGGAGAAAGGCUUCCUUUCCCCGCUAAUGCCAGGCUUCUUUUUGAGGUGCAGAAUCUUGACUUUGCCACUCCGGCGACUGUCUCUCGCUGCGGGAUGGUGUGGUUUGGAGAGGACACGCUGGCUCCCGCGGACCUUUUCGCUCAUUAUUUUUCCAAGCUGAGGCAUCAGUGCAUUGCCGGGGAUAUUUCCAAUGAAAAAGGUGGCGGGCUUUUCUUAGCAACGCAGCAGGAGUGCGCGGAUUUUCUAGAGCCUCAUUUUGCGGAGGACGGCCUCGUUUGCGCAUGCUUAUCCGUAGCUGCGCGUAUGGAGCAUGUCAUGAAGUUUUCAAAGUUGCGUGCGCUGGAAUCCCUCUUCACGCUUCUCACUGCGGGUGUCCGCCGUGUUCUAGACUACAACAGCUCCCACGAGGACUUUCCUUUGAGUACGGUCAUCUUGGAGAAGUAUCUGACGAACUACCUCGUCUUUUCAUUGGUAUGGAGCUUUUGCGGAGAUUUGCUAUCUACUGGCCGGGAGCAACUUGAGGCGGUCAUGCGUCCACGAGUUUCCGCCUCCUUUACUAUUCCGCAAUCCUCUAUUAUCGACCACGAGGUGCAAGUUUCCAGUGGAGAGUGGUCGCCGUGGAGCCUCAAAGUGGCUUUCGUCGAGGUAGAGGCUCAUAAAAUUACUAACCCGGAUGUCGUGGUGCCCACCAUGGACACCAUCCGUCACCAGACCCUGCUCCGUGCAUUAUUAGCAGAACACAAACCACUUUUAUUAUGCGGCCCCCCCGGGUCCGGCAAGACGAUGACUUUGCUUAACGCACUUCGUAACUUGCCAGAAAUGGAAGUUGUUUGUCUGAACUUUUCGUCGGCCACAACGCCGAAUUUUUUACUGAAGGCACUACACCGCUACUGCGAGUACAAACGCACGCCAGACGGUCGGGUGCUAGCGCCGUCCGCCUCGGGAAAAUGGCUUGCUGUAUUUUGCGACGAGAUCAACCUUCCAGACCCCGACCGCUAUGGCACGCAGCCUAUCAUCAGCUUCUUGCGCCAACUCGUGGAGAGGCGAGGGUUUUGGCAAGUCAAAGAAAACUCGUGGGUCAGCUUGGAGCGCAUUCAGUUUAUAGGAGCGUGCAACCCGCCCACUGAUCCGGGUCGAAAAAUACUGACACCGAGAUUCCUCCGCCAUGUGUCUGUUGUACUAGUAGAUUAUCCGAGGCAGGAGUCACUCCUGCAGAUUUAUAAAACGUUUAAUCGAGCGUUGCUUCGCCUUCACCCCAGUUUGCGAGGCUACUGCGAUCCAUUGACCGAGGCCAUGGUGGAGGUGUACGCCCGGUCCCAAGCGAGGUUCACUGUGGACCAGCAGCCACACUAUCUCUACAGUCCCCGCGAGCUUACUCGCUGGUGCCGCGGUAUUUACGAGGCUGUUCGGUCUCUCGACUUGCUGACUCCGGAGGCGUUGAUUCGUACAUGGGCCCACGAGGCUCUCCGUCUGUUCCAAGACAGAUUGGUUACCUCUUCUGAGCGCUCUUGGACGGACUCGCUGAUCGAUUCUGUGGCCGUCAAACACUUUCCCAACGUUGACCACAAGACGGCACUCAAGCGACCAAUCCUGUACAGCAACUGGUUAUCGAAGGAUUAUGUCUCCGUUGAUAUCGAAACGCUCCGCCAGUUUGUGAAUGCCCGACUAAAAGUUUUUUAUGAGGAGGAGCUCGAUGUACCACUCGUACUGUUUGAUGAAGUUCUGGACAAUGUUUUGCGUAUCGACAGAGUCUUCAGGCAGUCGCAAGGCCACGUGUUAAUUAUUGGCGUAAGCGGCUCUGGAAGGACAACACUUUCCCGCUUUGUUGCUUGGAUGAACGGCUUUAGGACCAUUCAGAUCAAAGCGCAUUCUAAAUAUACCAUGGCGGCUUUCGAUGACGACUUACGUGCUGUUCUCAAGCUGACGGGCUGCAAAGGCGAAAAAGUUGCAUUUAUUCUGGACGAAUCCAACAUGUUGGGCGCAUCCUUUCUAGAAAGAAUUAACACGCUAUUAGCUAACGGCGAGGUUCCCGGCCUGUUUGAAGGGGAUGAGUACUCGACAUGGUUGACGCAAUGCACUGAGGCCGCUCAACGGGAGGGCGUCCUUUUAGAUUCACCGGAAGAGUUGUAUAAGUGGUUUUCUGCUCAAGUGAUGCAGAAUCUUCACGUGGUGUUUACCAUGAAUCCCACCGAGGCCGGCUUGACUACGAACCUCUCCGCUUCUCCCGCGCUUUUUAACCGCUGCGUCAUCAAUUGGUUUGGCGACUGGACACCACGCGCCUUCUACAGGGUCGGAUGCGAGUUGACCGCCCAACUUGACCUCGAGGAUCCCACUUAUACUCCACCCAGCGACUUUCCCUCUGCUAUAUCAGGUUUCUCGCCCCAAAGUUUUCGCGAAGCCGUUGUAUGUGCCUUUGUGUAUGUCCAUCAAAGUUUGCAAGAGACGUGUAUGCGCGUCCACGAUCGCGAAGAGAGGAAGACCCACAUCACUCCGCGGCAUUAUCUUAGCUUCAUUAAGCACUUUGCAAGCCUUCUUACCCAAAAGCAGACGGCUCUGGAAGACCUGCAAGUGCACAUCAGCGUGGGUCUCCAAAAGCUUGCAGGAACAGUUCAACAAGUCGAGGAACUGCGGAAGGAACUCUCCGCCAAGAAACUCGAGCUCGAACGCAAAGAGGAGCAGGCCAAUCAAAAAUUGAAGCAAAUGGUAGAGAACCAACAGGAAGCCGAGCGCGAAAAAGCUUCUUUCCUUGCCAUUCAGGAGGAGCUCAGUAAAAAGAAAGCUCAAAUUAACGAACGUUCAUUGGCGGUGAAAGCGGAACUAUCUCAAGUUGAGCCUAUCGUUGAGGAUGCCCGCCUGGCGGUAAAGGGGAUCAAACGGCAGCAGCUCGUCGAGCUCCGGGCUCUCGGAAACCCCCCGAAAAUGGUCAAGCUGACUAUGGAAAGUGUUUGCGCUUUAUUUGGAGAAACGGAUCUCGAUUGGAAACACAUCCGCUCUAUUAUAAUGAAGGACGACUUUAUAGCCAACAUCGUCAACUUUGACACCGGCUCUGUCUCCCCUGAGAUUCACCAGAGGAUGACAAAUAGCUACAUUAAGAGUUCAGAGUAUAAUUUUGAAGCUGCAGAUCGCGCUAGUAAAGCUUGCGGCCCUUUGGUGAAGUGGGUUCAGGCUCAGCUUAAAUACGCCGAUAUUUUAGAGCGCAUUGGCCCUCUCAGAAGAGAGCUGGCAGCACUGGAGCGAUCAGCCAAUGAAACAGAGUCCCAGGCGGAAAAAACUAACAUACUGGUAGAUUCGCUAGAAAAGAGCAUAGCCGAGUACAAGGAGGAGUAUGCUAAUCUGAUUAGCGAAUCCCAACAAAUCAAACGCUCGAUGACUUUAGUGGAACUGAAGGUCACUCGGAGCAUUUCCCUCACAGAAAGUCUUGCUUCCGAGCAGCUUCGUUGGCGCACAGAGAGCCACACCUUCAACACGCAACGAACCACUAUUCCUGGCGAUGUACUGCUGAGCGCUGCCUUUUUGACGUACUGCGGAUUCUUUGACCAGCAGAGCCGCGUGGCCCUCCUGUGCAGCUGGAUGAACCAUUUACAGCAGAGCAACAUUCUUUUCACAAGCGAGCUGUCCAUGCAGGAAUACUUAUCGACGCCCAACGACCGAAUAGGAUGGCAGGCAUCGGGACUGCCGGACGAUGAUAUUUGUGUCGAGAAUGCUAUCAUACUAGAGCGAUGCGACCGUUAUCCUCUAGUUAUCGACCCGAGCGGCCAGGCGGAAGGCUUUUUGCUUAACUUUUUCAAGGAGAAAAGGAUCGUGAAAACUUCUUUUCUGGACGACUCAUUCCGAAAAACCUUGGAAAGUGCUCUUCGUUUUGGAACCCCUUUACUGAUACGAGACGUGGAGAACUACGACGUUAUCAUGAAUCCCGUCCUCAAUAAAGAGCUGAGGCGCACAGGUGGGCGCGUUCUUAUUCGCCUUGGAGACCAGGAUGUUGACUUUUCGCCUUCUUUCAUGGUCUUUAUGCUCACCAAUGACCCAUUCAUGGUCUUCCCGCCGGAGCUAUACAGCCGCGUGACUCUUGUGAACUUCACUGUUACUCUCGGUUCACUAAAAAUGCAGUGCCUUAAUAAAGCUUUAAAGGCCGAACGUCCGGAUAUAGAAGAAAAGAGAAAGGCACUGAUGCUACUCCAAAGCGAGUUCCGUGCGCGUUUAAAAUCACUGGAGGAGCGUUUGCUAGACGAGCUAAACAACGUUCAGGGAAGACUCCUCGACGACGAUAAUAUCCUUACAGCUCUUGAAAAACUAAAGUCCGAGGCGGCAGAGACGGAUUCAAAGGCGCGAGACACCGAGUCUGUCAUACGGGAAGUCGAGGCCGUCAGCGCUGCUUACGUGCCGCUUUCCGAAGCCUGCAGCGCUAUUUUCUUUACCAUUGAGAGCCUUCAUCGGCUUCAUUAUUUGUAUCACUUCUCCCUUUCGCACUUCCUGUCGAUAUUCGAAGCCGUCCUGCACGCCAACCCCGCCCUUACCGGUAUGCAGGAUCCCACGCGCCGCUUAGCCGUUAUCUUUAACUCUCUAUUCUCGUUCGUGUAUGACCGCUUCUGCCACUCCCUAUUUUUCGACGAUCGCGUGGUCUUUGCCAUGUUGCUUGCGAGAAUCAAAUGCCACUAUGAUUCAUCCUCCAUUCCAGACUCUGAAUUCGAGCUUCUUCUAGGCUCCCAUUCCUCAGGAAAAAAUAUAGAACUCUUAUUGGACGACAUUCCCCCCCAAAAGCUUUUGGGGCUUUCCAAACUUGCCACAAUCCCUCCAUUCGCUGGAAUUGAGGCGCAUAUCAUGGAGCACAAAGAAGAUUGGUUCAAGUUUUUGCUGGACGUCGAUGCUCCACCUCUGGUUUGUUGGCAGGAUUCCGACCAUAGCUCUGAAACGGUAAACGCCUUUCGGCAACUGCUCCUCAUAAAACACGUGCACCCUGUCAAAACGCUGGCUUACUGCGAGAGCUUUCUCCAUGUGGUUUUUGAAGGUCACGUGGAUCUGACUGCUGGGCUGGAUCUUCUGCGCAUUGUCACUGAAGAAAUAGACUGCCGAACGCCCGUGUUGCUGUGCUCCACGGUCGGCCACGACGCCUCCACACAUGUGAAUCGUAUUACCAGUGGGAAUGACUGUGUUUCCGUCGCGAUGGGCUCGAACGAAAGUCUUCAUCUCGCUGAGAAGGCCUUGGCGUCUGCCUGUAAACAGGGUGGCUGGGUGCUUCUGAAAAAUGUUCACUUGUCUCCCACGUGGCUUCAUGCGUUUGAAAAGACUCGGUUGAAAAGCCUGGAGGCCCACGAAAAAUUUCGCCUCUUCCUGAGCAUGGAAGUCACCGCGAACAUCAGCGUGAACCUGCUCCGCCUAUCCAGAAUCUUUGUCUUCCAGUCGCCUUUUGGCGUGAAAGCCAACCUGCUUCGCGUGGUGGCGUCUGUGCCUCCGACUCGCAUGGACGCUCCUCCUUCCGAGCGCUCGCGGGUCUACUUUUUGUUGGCGUGGCUCCACAUGAGUGUACUCGAGCGCCUUCGCUACUGCCCAAUUGGCUGGUCAAAGCCGUACGACUUUAACGAGAGCGACUUUCGCUGCGCCUUAGACACCGUGGACACUUGGAUCGACAGGCAUGCAAAGGGCUCCUCUCACUUAUCCCCGGAGUCGAUUCCGUGGGCAGCGCUGCGUCGCUUAUUGUGUGAAAGUGUUUAUGGGGGGCGAGUCGAUAACGAAUUCGACCGAUAUACUCUCGAAUCACUAAUUGAUCAGCUGUUUAACCCUCAAAGUUUUGAUGUCAGUUAUUCGCCAGUAUCUGAACCGAAUCUCCGCCGGCUGUUGACUUUUCCGGAUACCACUAGAAGGGAAACUUUCUUAGAGUGGAUCGAGUCUUUGCCUGAGCAGCCUGACCCUCGCUGGCUCGGCCUGCCUAGUACAGUCGACAAGACGCUGCUACUACUUCAAGAGGAGACUUUUGUUUCCAAACUCUCGAAGCUGCAAGGCGAUAUGGUUGACUCUGUCCGCCUGGCAGACGAGGAGACAGCCGGUGUGCCGCUGCCCACGCGAAUGUCGGUACUUCGAAGUACGGUUCAGCAAUGGCUCUCUGCUCUCCCCACAUCGCUACGUAUUCCGGAGCUUCACGAAACGAAUCAGAGCGAUCCACUUUCUCGCUAUUUCCAGCGAGAAGUAAGAUACGGCCAAAAUCUUUUAAAUGCAAUCCGCAACGACUUACUCGCAGUCGAGGAAGUUUAUAGCGGAACCAAAAAGCAGGAAAACCACGUGCGCUUUUUGAUGGUUUCCCUUGGCAGAGGAAUUAUUCCUGACACGUGGAAUAGGCACGUGGUCCCGUCGACAAUUACCGUUUCAAAGUGGCUGAGCGACUUUUCCGAAAGACUUGUGCAAUGGGAUAAUAUUGCACUUGACAAGUGGGAGCCCAGAAAGCUCUGGUUGGGCGGCUUGUGCUCUCCUUCCGCGUUCAUCACUGCAUUUCGCCAGCGUAUCUCUCGUGAGACCCGAAUUCCCGUGGACGAGUUACAACUGCAGAUCGAACUAAAUAGUUCCAACUGUGUGGACACCGGAAAGACCUUCCCCAUUGGUGGACUUUUCUGCUACGGGGCUAAAGCACAUGAAAAUACUUUCCUCUUAGUUGAGGAACCAGACAACGAGGAGAUCGAGGUGAAAAUGAGUUGGACAAGAACGUCAGACAGGCGACAAGAAGCUACUUGCAAGAUCCCCGCUUACUUAUACUCUACUCGCGAGCAGUUGCUCUUUUCAUUCGAAGUUGAUCUUCCUCCACAUGUUUCAUCAGCAUCUUAUUAUCAAAGAGGCGUAGCGUUGUUUUGCUCAAAACUGUAGUAAAAGAUGCACUAAUAUAUAU